UGCGACGUGACUGCAGCUUUCAAUUCUCGAGCAAACAAAGAAACCUAAAAGGCUAAAACCCAAACACAGUCCCUCGUCUGCUCAAAGAGCCACACGCAGGGUUGCAGUAUUUUGUGGUCGUAGCUAACAAUGGAGGCCGUGGAAAAUGACCAAAGCGCCCUCGAAACCCCCCCGGAUCCCGCCACCACCCCUCUUCAACAACCUCUCUCGAAGAGCGCCCAGAAGAAGCUACUGAAGCAACAGAGGUUCGAGGCGAAGAAAGCGGAGAAGAAGGCCCUGACGAAGCAGCAAAAGAGGCAAGAUUCGGAGCGGAAACGAAAGGAGUGGGAGGAGACUUUGGCCAGCGUGCCCGAAGAGGAGCGAUCGAAGCUCAUCGAGUCCCGCAGAAGCCUGAGGAAGGAGAGGAUGGAGAAGAGGUCGGAGGAGAGAGGGAGGAAGAUCGAGAGGCUCACUGGAGCCAGAGAUUGCGGCCAGAAGAUCGUCAUAGACCUCGACUUCGCUCACCUCAUGACCCCCUCCGAGAUUCACAGUCUCGUUCAACAGAUUAUGUAUUGUUACGCGGUGAAUGGAAGAUGCUCUAGCCCUUGCCAUCUCUGGUUAACGGGGUGCGAGGGAGAGAUGGGAAGCCAAUUGAAAAGACUCCCGGGGUUUGAUAAGUGGAUAAUUGAGAAGGAAAAUGGAUCAUAUAUGGAAGCAUUGGAAGAUCAAAAGGAAAACCUGGUGUAUCUCACGGCCGAUGCAGAAACUGUUCUCGAGGAACUUGAUCCCAAGAAGAUAUAUAUUGUUGGUGGGUUAGUGGACCGUAAUCGGUGGAAAGGGAUAACCAUGAAGAAAGCAAAAGAGCAAGGAAUCCAGACAGCGAAGCUCCCGAUUGGGAGUUACUUGAAGAUGUCAAGUUCCCAGGUCCUAACCGUGAACCAAGUGAUAGAGAUACUCCUCAAGUUUAUGGAAACAAAGGAUUGGAAAGUUUCUUUUUUUCAAGUGAUUCCUCAAAGGAAAAGACCUGAAGCUGAUUCAGAAGGAUAUCAGAAAGUAGAAGGGGAAGAAAACGAAGAGAAAGAUGAUCAAUUGGAUUCAAAAAAGAAGUGUGCAUGGCAAGUCUUCUGCACCAUAUAAUCACGAGCGCUACUAGGCCUUGCUUAGACCGGGCCCGAUUGUAGCGCCCCUCUCACACCACCUUUCUUUGUUGUGGCAUCAUGGGUACACCAGCGCUCUUGCAUCCAUUGUCUGUGGCGCGGUGAUCGUUGUGGGAUGAACUACCCAUAUCUGCAAGAGGAAAUGAUUUGUACAGUUUUAGAGCAUACAAUUCAGGUGGAAUUCUUUUAAAAAAAUUGGAUAAAUUCGAGACCCAUAUAAAAAAAAUUUGCCUUCUAAUAAUAGAUUUCACUUUUUAUCAAAAAAAAGUGCGAGAUUUGUACACAUUUAAAGUUGUAUUUAGGAUUAUUUAUCAACAAAUAGUUUUUUUUU